UCCCUCCAGUCUUGAAAACGUCAGAAAGCAAACAAGAUUUUGUCCCACCCAUCGCAAAUAUACUCUUUGUCACAGGCUGGGGGCGUGACAUUUUCGUUAACGAAUGUAGUUCGUCAUUCGCGAACUGUGAAAUAUUAACCAACUCUCAAUUCGUGUCUCGUUUUCUUCAGCAGCUUUCAGCAGUCAAACUCAAAUAUUAGACGGCAUGCUCAUCUGAUUUAAUAGGAUGGCAUCUGAGGAGGUUACCCUGUUGGAGUGUAACCAAACCAAAAAGAAUGCACUUACCCCACUGAGAAAGUGCCAACUCCUCACCUUCCUCUGUCUUUUACCGCUGGUGCUUCUUAAUGUGUGGCUCAAGGCAUUCAGCUGGGACUCCAACGAACAAAUCGACUCCAACGAACAAAAUCAAGUGACGAUUCUUAUGUGGCACGAACCCUUCAGGCCACCCACUCUUUGGACCAGUUUUAUGAACGGGGACCAUAACUGCAGCCCGUCCUGCAAGAUCGUGAGGCGGAGGUCUUUGUUUCCCACGGCAGAUGUGGUGGUGUUCCACAACCGUGAGCUGAUCACUGGACAGGAGAAACUCCCGAUGGAUCUUCCCAGGCCGCCGGGCCAGAGGUGGGUUUGGAUGUCCCUGGAGUCCCCUGUUCACAAUGGAGACCUAAGGAAAUUUGCAGGGAUCUUCAACUUGACGAUGAACUACAGGAGGGAUGCAGAUAUUUCAAUACCCUAUGGAGAGCGGCUCGCCAAAAAGCCUGAAGAAGGAGAAAAUCCUGUGCAGACCAACACGGGGAACAAAAGCAUUCUGGCAUGUUGGGUCGUCAGCAACUAUGCGAGUUCCUACAGAAGAAGCAAAGUACACAAAGAACUCAGCGCUAUAGUUCCUGUGAAGGUCUACGGGCGCUGGACAAAUAUUCCUCUGACCUCAGCGGAACUCAUACCCACCAUCUCGCACUGCUACUUCUAUUUGGCCUUUGAGAACUCUGAGGCAAAAGACUACAUCACAGAGAAGCUGUGGAAAAACGCUUACCAAUCGGGGGCGGUUCCCGUUGUCCUGGGAGCUCCCGUGCAGGAUUACGAAGCCGUGGCUCCCCCUCACUCCUUCAUCCACGUCGAUGAAUUUGCGUCAGUGAAAGAGCUGGCUGUGUAUCUGCAGCAGGUGGCGGGAGACCAGAAGCUCUACAGCGAGUAUUUUCAGUGGAAGCGGAAUUGGAAAACGAAGUUGACCGCCGACUGGAACGAGAGACUGUGUAAGAUCUGCUCCCACUUUGACAGUUUGCCUCCAAACAAGGUUUACGCUGACCUGGCUGCGUGGGAUCAUGCUACUGGCGCGGCGUAAGACUCUUUUCAUGCAGAAAUCACACAAACUGAGCCGCCGUUUACCUGUGAGGUUUACACACAACCCGCCGAACACAAUACAUAGCCAUGUGUGCAAAUUCAUUAAAGUGUUCUGCACCCGUA